GGCGCCGCCCGGGCAGUGCGCAGGCUCGGCUCGGCUCCGCACACCCCAUCAUGGCGCUGCGGCAGCCGGAGCUGCUCCGGCUCCUGCUCCUGCCCCUGCUCGGCUGCAGACUCUUGGCUGUGGAGCUGACAUCCAGCAACACCAAGCCUGUGGUGCAGGAAUUCCAAAGUGUGGAGCUGUCCUGCAUCAUUAAAUCCACGGUGACGCCAGACCCCAGAAUCGAGUGGAAGAAAAUCCGGAAUGGAGAAACCUCUUACGUGUUUUUUGGCAACAAAAUGCAGGGAGACUUUGCGACUCGGGCAGAGAUCCUGAGCAGGACGUCCCUGGUGAUUAAGAACACCACGAGGAUGGACACGGCCACGUACCGCUGCGAGGUGGCUGCGCCCUCCGACACCAAAACCAUCGACGAGAUCAACAUCCAGCUCACAGUCCAAGUGAAACCCAUGACUCCCAGAUGCUCUGUGCCUAAAGCUGUCCCUGUUGGCAAGUCAGCCUCUCUUCACUGCCAUGAGAAUGAAGGUUUCCCCAAGUCCACCUACAGCUGGUACCGCAACAGCGAACCUCUGUCAGCUGACAGCAAAUCCAAACCCCACAACUCCUCCUACACCCUGAACCCUACCACAGGCACUCUGGUUUUCCAUGCAGUGCACAAAGGUGACACAGGUCGUUACUCCUGCAUAGCAACAAACGAGGCUGGCUUUGCCAAGUGUGAGGAGCAGGAGAUGGAAGUCUAUGACCUCAAUAUUGGUGGGAUAAUCGGGGGAGUCCUGGUGGUCCUUGCAGUCCUGGUGCUCAUCACUUUUGGGAUCUGCUGUGCCUACAGAAGGGGAUACUUUGCAAAUGGCAAAGAGAGUGGGGAAAGCUACAAGACUCCAGCAAAGCCCGAUGGCGUUAACUAUAUCCGGACAGAUGAUGAGGGCGACUUCAGACACAAAUCUUCAUUUGUCAUCUAAGAUGCCAAAAGGAAAUUGCAAACCAGCAAAAGCAAGUGUGAAAAUACCUCCUCCAGGAACUCAAAGCAAGAGCAAAAGAUGAAUUAAGUGCGCUUGGAAGAGUUUGGAACACACAAGAACUCGAUAGCUAGCUAUCUGUAUAUCUUUUUUUUCUUUGCCAAAGUUUAAAGUAACUCCUCACUGCCCAACUCGCGUCUCCCCUGCCUCUGGAGAUACCAACAGGAUCACCCAAACCUGUCCUUGGACUGAGGAAGGGUUUCAGUCCUUCCCAAGAGACUGGGCUGUGUGAAGUUUGUGGAAUUGCCUUCUCUCUGUGCUGCAGGGACACGGCCACAACGUGCAAACCCAGCAGGGGCACAGCAUUAGGUAAACCUGUAGUAGACAUGAGCAGCAAUGUGUUAGCAGUAGACAAAAAAAGGUGCUGAUACAGCAGUAGAUGGACUUCAGAGAGUGAGAUCUGGGGGAUUUCCUCCCAGCAGCUCAUUGCCCAGGCCCGGCUGGUGACUUUUCCACAUCUGUGAUUGUCCUGCGCUUGGCUCUGCUCGGGUGCCCGGCCACCAGUGACAGUGAAACCACCACUAAUGCCCUCAGCCCUUGUGUAAAUCCCCAAAUGCUUUGUUUAGCAGGACCUCAGGGCAGGGCAGUGCCUCUGCUCCCUGCCUGGCAGGGCUCCUGCACCCAGGUAACCCCUGGUUCUAAUCUGCACAAAGCAGGCUUGGCUCCUGUGUCCUUCCGUGGGCAAAGAGGCUUACAGGGGAGGCAGGGAACCACUGCUAAGACAUCCCUUUCAGGAAAAUUAAAGCCAAAUAAUUUCCUGGGCUAAGAUUGCCAUAAAAGGUACUGAGAGAUCCUCCAGCUUUUUUUACCUUCUCCGUUUAUUUUGUAAAACCCCCCACCUUCUAAAUUUUUUGCAAAUAUCUAUUUUGAUUACUUCAGAAAAGGUAACAUUUCUAUUUAAAAGUGUAAAUAUGUGAUGCCAGCAGUGUUUGAGUAACGGAGCUAUUUUUUUACUGUUGAAGCUACAGGAGAGGAGCUCACACGUUGCUAUAGUGUGGCACUGUCAGAGCAUAUCAGUAUUAGUGCAAAGUGUAACAAAAAGCUGCAGGUGGAACAGCAUCUCUUUCCUCUUCAGCCAGCUUCAGCCAUUUCCUUGUCACAAGAGGUCUUACCAGACACAGAACAGAGUCACUCAGGGAUAGUUUUUGUAAAUUCAUGGCAGGAGCUACCAACUUUUUUAUAUGAAAAAAAAAAAAUCUUUUCUUGCUGAUGACCAACUUUAUUUUUGUCAUUGCAAGAAAUAACCAGGAUGGCUUUUGGACUCAGUUCCAAAGAGGUGACAGAGUGACUUCAGUGUUUGCUGCCCCUCUGCAAGUUCCCUAAAGCACUAACACAGUGUGACAGCUACAGCAGCUUGGCAGGUUCAAACCACAUGGCCAAGGCCACUGUUUCUGGGGCUAGGAAAGCAAAAGUUCAACACAAAAGCACUUUUACAGUGUCAGAUGAAUUUUUUCUCUAGAUGGUAAAG